GUUCACGUUAUAACUAAAUAUUUUUUAUUUUUCAAAUCCAAAAGUAAUAAAUAUGAAGAAGAUUGAAAAGAAAAAGCAACAAUUUUUAUGGGUGGACGAAAUUGAUGAACAAUUUGUGUAACCUUGUGAGCGAAACACAGAGUGAAACCACAUCCACCACACUCCCAUGGCCUUAUCCACUCUCUCUCCACCCUUCACCACUCACUCCACCUCCUCCUUCCUCCCCAACCUCCACCCCUCCGCCGCCGUCCCCUUUCCGGCCAAUUACCAUAACAGCUCUCUGUCAACUCCAGCAGCUGUGCAUAAAUGGAGGGCAAACGUCUCCUUCUUCACUGGUUUGCUCAACAACAACAACAAGGCCAAGAACGCCGAAGCCAUCAAGCAAGAGCUACUAGAAGCCAUCGAGCCCCUCGAUCGCGGUGCUGAAGCCACCCCUCAAGAUCAGAAAUUAAUUGAUCAGAUAGUUCGGAAACUAGAAGCAGCAAAUCCAACAAAAGAGCCGCUCAAGUCUGAUCUGCUAAACGGAAAGUGGGAGCUCAUCUACACCACUUCGCAAUCUAUUUUGCAGACCACUAGGCCCAAGUUGUUGAGAAGUAGAAGGAACUUCCAAGCAAUCAACGCAGAUACCCUUCGAGCUCAAAACAUGGAAUCUGCACCCUUCUUCAAUCAGGUUACUGCAGAUUUGACACCUCUGAACGCGAAGAAGGUGGCUGUGAAAUUCGACUUUUUCAAGAUUGGAGGUUUGAUACCUGUUAAAGCUCCUGAGAGUGCUGUAGGUGAGCUCGAGAUCACCUACUUGGAUCAAGACUUGAGAGUUUCAAGAGGUGACAAAGGCAAUCUCUUCGUCCUCAAAAUGGUCGAUCCCUCCUAUAGGAUACCUUCUAAAUGAAGAAAAAUUUUGGCCUCUCAUUAAGAUAUUUGUGUUGCAUUUCUUACCUUUUUCACAUAUCAGGAUUCAGGGGAAACUUACUUUAUUUACUCCUUGUACUAUAUAGCGAAGCAGUUUGUAUUGAAUUGAGUCAUAUAAAUUUGUCCUAUUGUAGGGAACAAUAUUGUGUAAAUUCAUUACCAAAUGCUCAUAAUUCAUUGUUGACAUUAUAUA